CACACAUCUGAAGAGACCCCUCAAGGCAGAAAGUUCGUGAUGGGUUCGAAAUCUCGACGCAGAUCCCGUUCUAAGUCCAGAAGUCGGAGUCGAGACCGGCGGAACAAGACCAGAGUGAGCAGGUCGCGAUCUCCAGAGGAGAGGAGAGGUCGCAGUCGGUCUCCGGGCUCUAAAAGACCAGGCCGAGGUCGCGGCAGAUCCAGCAGCGGGGCCUCGAACCAUGGCUCUCCCGUUCGACCUCAAUACAGGGACCGAUCUGGGUCCAGCAGCGUCUCGGAUGGUGACAAGAAGAGCCAACGAGCACACCGUCAGAUCAGCAAAUCAAAGGAUCGGUCAACCAGUCCAGAUUCAGAUAAUUCCAAUAGAAGAAGGAGGAGGAAGAAUCGCGGCAGUAGAUCUCAAGAGAGAGGAAAAGGAAGAUCUCAGUCCCGCUCUAACUCGAGUGAUGGAAACAGUGACAGAGAAAGGAGGAGAAGAAGAAAAAGUCCUGAUAGAGGAAGUCCGUUCAGAGACAGACAUACAAGGGAGUGGGGCAAAGAGCGAUGGAAGAGCAGCAGGGACCAAGAAAGAAGACAAGACCAGGACAAAAGCUGGGAGAGGAAGAAGAGAAGUAAAGAGAGGGAGCGAGGGAGAAACAGGAGAAGCAAUGAAAGGGAUGAUGGAAACAGAGGGAGGCGGAGCUUCAGUUCAUCUGAGUCAUCGGAGAGUUCAGGAUCAGAAUAUGAGAGCCGUGCAAUCAAAGAGAAAGAGGAUAAGAAAAAGCAGAGGGAGAUGAUGAAGGCUCUUGAGACACCAGAAGAAAAGAGAGCCAGGAGGCUGGCCAAGAAAGAAACAAAAGAGAAGAAAAGGAGAGAAAAGAUGGGUUGGAGUGAGGAAUACAUGGGAUACACUAAUGCAGACAAUCCCUUUGGUGACAACAACCUGUUAGGCACAUUCAAAUGGCAAAAGGCGUUGGAUAAGAAAGGCAUCGGCCAUCUCGGUGAAAAGGAUCUUAAAGAAAGGAACAAAUGCAUUCAAGAAGAGAACCGCAGAGAACUCCAGAAGGUGAAACAGUUGCGAUUAGAGCGGGAGCGAGAGAAAGCGAUGAGGGAGACGGAGCUGGAAAUGCUGCAGAGAGAGAAAGAGGCAGAACAUUUCAAAACCUGGGCUGAACAGGAGGACAACUUCCACCUGCAACAAGCCAAACUGAGGUCCAAGAUAAGAAUUCGUGAUGGGCGUGCAAAGCCCAUCGACCUUCUGGCAAAGUACAUCAGUGCAGAGGAUGAUGAUCUGGCUGUGGAGAUGCAUGAACCUUACACGUUCCUCAAUGGGUUGACUGUCACAGACAUGGACGAUCUUCUAGAGGACAUUAAGGUGUACAUGGAGCUUGAGCAAGGUAAGAAUGUGGACUUCUGGAGAGAUAUGACGACCAUCACUGAGGAUGAGAUCAGCAAACUGAGGAAACUAGAAACUACGGGGAAAGGACCAGUUGAUCGUCGUGAAGGCAUCAACACGGCCGUCAGCACUGACGUCCAGACUGUGUUCAAAGGAAAAACCUACAGUCAGCUGCAAGCCCUGCACCUCAACAUUGAGACAAAGAUUCGGGCCGGAGGAUCCAAUCUUGAUAUCGGUUACUGGGAGAGUCUGUUGCAACAAGUGCGCGUCUACUUGGCCAGAGCCAGGUUGAGGGAGCGACAUCAGGAUGUGCUGCGUCAGAAGCUGUUUAAGCUGAAACAGGAGCAGGGAGUGGAAAGUGAACCUUUAUUCCCCAUCAUCAAAGAGGAGCUGAGGAGUGACGAUGAUGAGGAGAGAACAAGGGAGCGCACAGCAGAAGACGGCGGCCCGUCUGCGUCUUCCUCCAGAAGUAAAAACAGAGAAGCGGCGGAGGAGGAAGAGGAGGCUCGUCCAUCUACAUCCGCAGCAGGAAGUCAGGAUGAGGAUGGAGAGAAGAGUAAAGGGAAGGAUGAAGAGGGGAAGGAGGAGGCGGUGGAGGCCGUGCUGACAGAGGAGGACCUGAUCCAACAGAGCCAGGCAGAUUACGACUCCGGUCGCUACAGUCCCACGCUGCUCACGUCCUCGGAGCUGCCGCUGGACAGUCACACCAUCACCCCAGAGGAAGACGUGCACAGGCUGCAGUUGGCCCGCAGGCAGCUCCAAGUCACCGGCGACGCUAACGAGAGCGCCGAGGACGCCUUUGUACGUCGAGCCAAGGAAGGCAUGGGCAACGACGAGGCUCAGUUCAGCGUGGAGAUCCCAGUCUCGGGGAAAAUGUACCUGUGGGCCGACAAGUACCGUCCCAGGAAGCCCCGCUUCUUCAACAGGGUGCACACGGGCUUCGAGUGGAACAAGUACAACCAGACGCACUACGACUUCGACAACCCCCCGCCCAAGAUCGUCCAGGGCUACAAGUUUAACAUCUUCUACCCCGACCUGAUCAACAAGCGCUCCACACCGCAGUACUUCCUGGAGCCCUGUCCUGACAACAAGGACUUUGGGAUUUUAAGGUUCCACGCGGGCCCGCCGUACGAGGACAUCGCGUUUAAGAUCGUGAACAGGGAGUGGGAGUACUCGCACCGACACGGGUUCCGCUGUCAGUUUGCCAACGGGAUCUUUCAGCUCUGGUUCCACUUCAAGAGAUAUCGCUACAGGAGAUGAGGAGACCUGUACGGAUCAACUCCUCAGGGACUGGACUCUACACAUGUACAUUGCAUCAUUUCGGCUCUGUAAUGUCCGUUGUGUUUUAAGCUGCGCUCAAAAGAGUUUCUGGCUACAAUCACAACUGUUGUCUGAAAAGAUCAAUUGGAGCUAUAGUCUGCUGAUUACACAUUAAAGUUUUUUAAGCUCUUCGCUCGCUGAUUGGUGGUUUUCUGUUGUAGUUACACGUGUAUGAUGUCAUUUUACACAAAAAGUGGAAACACUUCCAGUAUUUUCAGGUUUUG